CGGAUCAUUCGGUUUUUCACAAACUUGCGAAUAAAAUGGUGUGGUUUCAGUCAUUUCAGCAGCGUGGUUAAUAGGUUGCGAGCCCUGUAAAAAAAUAUCAAGUUAAAUAUAUUUCAACACCAAAUAAAAGUACUCAAAGAUACCAGAAUAUAAUAAAAGUAAAAUACAUACCAUUCUGAUUUUGAAACUGAUAAUGCACCCGGCUUGAAAUCUCGAACUGUUGUAAUUUUAAUUUGUUAAAUGCUCUAUUUAUAACUUCGUAGUAACAAAAUAUAGUAUAGCUAUUAGCUAUUAUAGCUUGCACAUUGAACGCGGUCUUAACGCGGCGACAUUCGUUCUUGUUUCCGACAAAAGAAAUAUUACACUUUUGUUUUUCAAUAAUUAGCUGAGUUGAAUAUUAUAUUACAGUGAUGAUCAACCUUUGUAUUAUAUUGGUUUCUUACUGUAUUUUUGCAAAUGUUGUAGUUUAUGUUAGUUAUAAUUUGCUUUUAGGUUGUUAACUCAUGACUUUACGUCAGUUUCGUUUUAUUAAUAAAACCCCUGGCUUAUUCAUUUCCUCUACUAUUUUCUAACAAGUGCAAGUGUUACAGUGCGAGUUUUACGUACACGGAGAAAUUCACCUUGAAACAAUGUCUGACUUUGAGUACCAUGUAAUCCAGUCUAAGAAAGACCUCGACUCUGAGGAUGAAUCUGGAUCAUUAAAGACUCAGAAGAAAACAACCAAAAGGAAAAACGCUUCUCAGAUCCCGAAACGUGACGCGGGCUGGUCGCUGGACAGAAACGUCGUCGAAGAAUGUGCUAGUAAAAGCAAGAAGAUCAAACCAAAGAAAACUGUGAAAAAGCACGCAUCGUCCGUGUUAAUAACUGAUACGUUGCAGGACAGUGACACUGACCUUGAUGAAGAAGACAAAACUAAAAGUACGACAACCAAGUCGAAGAAAGAGACACCUGAUUGUAAGCCAGGCUGGUUUUCAAACUGGGGUGACGAAGGACAUGUUGAAGCCCAGCGUCGAGCAUCCGCUGCCAACUCUCUGUCGUCCGUGCUGAUACGUCGCGUCCCAGGCGGCUACGUGCGUCGCACAGCUUCGUUAACCGGUGAUCUUUUUAUUGAUCUUAAACUGUAUAACGUAGUAGAUAUUCAAAACGUUCCAUCUGAAGCCCGUUGGGAGAAAGCGCUGGUUAAUUUUAAAUAUCGUGUGGAUUCCGUUUCGGAUAUAGUAGAUGGAAUAAAUAAGAUUCUAAAGCGUUGUAAGGACGACUUUACAGAUGAAGGAACCUUUUUCCCAGAUAAAAAAGCCAAUAAUCUUUAAUCUUUUUUACGUCUAAUUUAGUCUAUUCCUAUGUCAAUAGGCAAAAUGCCUCAUAAUAGCUCCAUAUUUUGUUCAGUGUGUGACAUAAGUAUUCCAAGUAAAGCCUUUUCUGCUCACUUGCGCACUAACUUGCAUAAAAAUAAUAACUCUGUUCAAUUAACUCCUGAUAUUGAAAAAAUAAGCAGCGCUUUCCGUAGUAGAAUAGCAUCAUACAGAGUGCGUGGACCAGAGAGUAGCCUCCAUGACUCACCGGUAAAGUUUCUGUGCGCUCUUCGUAGACAUAUUAAACAUAUUCUCGAAGCGAGAAGGCUUGCUUUUGGAUCUAUAAAGGUUAACUUUGAACUGUUUGCUGAAUUUGGUUUGCCGAAAAAUGAAGCAUGUGAAAUUAAAUCAUUCGCUACGCAAAAUAUCAUUUUACAUCAGAGUUACGAAUUUAAAGAAAUAUUUUCAACCAUUUUGAACACAUUGAGCACGAAAAUUGAUGAAUUUCAAGAACGGGACAGUGGCUGGAGCUUUCUACGAAACUUAUAUCUCGAGAUAAACAUAAACAAAUAUAAUCCUCUUAGAGCGUCUAGAUUUAUAGAAUUACCAAAGUUAAUAAAACAUCGAAGAGCUUGUGUAAAUAUUAAAAACAAUGAAAGUAGCACUAUCUUCGAAUGAUGAUAAACGAGUAAUAUUAAAAGACAAUAUUCACACACUUGCGUGGGGACAUGCUUCAUUUUUCUAAAUAUAGUUAUAUAGUGAUAUUUUAAAGGAAACUUUGAACUAAUUUGUAAACACCUACUUUACUUUUUAAGUUAGCUAUGCC